UUUUUUUUUUUUGGAAAUAAGAAAAAUGCUUACAGAGACACAAUUGAAAGACUUUGAUCGUGAUGGUUUCUUGGUAAUUCCAAACUUUUUUAGUUUAGAAGAAGCAAAAAGAUUGAAACAAAGGGCUGAAGAACUACUUGAAGAUUUAUCUUUGGAAGGUCAUCCCAUGACACAAUUUAGUACUGGCGGUGAAGAUAAAAAGAAACAUAUUGGUGAUGAUUAUUUCUUAGAGUCUGGGGACAAGAUUCGAUACUUUUUUGAAGAAGGUGCUUUCAAUGAUAAAGGAGAAUUGACUCGACCCAAGGAAAAGGCUAUCAAUAAGAUUGGACAUGGAUUACAUAUGUUGGAUCCUGUAUUUGCUCCUUUUUCUAUUAAUCCUACUUUAUCUACUAUGGCAAAACAACUUGGUUUUUCGUCCCCCAAGGUCUUACAAUCUAUGCUUAUCUUCAAGCAACCUUACAUUGGUGGCAAAGUGCCUUCUCAUCAAGACUCUACAUUUUUAUAUACUGAACCUUUAUCAGCCACUGGGUUUUGGUUCGCUUUGGAAGAUUGUACAAACGAAAAUGGAUGCCUUUGGUUUAUUCCCGGUUCUCAUAAAGACGUUCCUGUGACAAACCGUUUUGUACGAAAUCCAAAUGGUGGAACUACUUUUAUUGGAGAUAGUGAUUUGAAAGUGGAUGAAUCAAAAUUUGUUCGCAUGGAAGUAAAAGCUGGUACUUUGGUGUUGAUUCAUGGUAGUGUUGUACAUAAGUCUGCUCCCAACUAUUCCAAACAAUCUCGAUUCAUAUACACAUUCCAUAUUAUUGAAGGCAAUGCUCAUUAUCCAAAGGAUAAUUGGUUACAACCUACUGCAGAAUCACCUUUUACCUCCUUAUGAUUGGAACUUUUAUACUCUUAGUUUGUCAUAUAUCUGCAUUUAGUUUAGUUUAUUAUUCUGGAAUGCAACAAAUAAUAAUAAAAGUGAUGUUGAUGGGAUCAAAUCAAUGCCAAGAUGA